AUGACACAAAAGAUGUUUUAUAUGGCACCUAUAUUAAACGUACCAAGAUCAAUUCGUGAAGAUGAUACUAUUUGUUGUAAUAAGCAAGAACAUGUCGAACACAAAGAAAAAGAAGAAAAAGAAGGUGAUGGUGACCUUAUAUUUAAGGCAAUAGAUGAUGAAAAUUCUUCAAGAGAAAAACUUGAUGAAAGAUUUCCAUUAACUGAUGAAGAUAUUCAUCUUCCUACCGAUGAUGAACAAACUAAAAAAUGUGAAUGUACAACUUCAUCAAUAAGUACAGUUGAUGAUGAAUGCAACAAUAUAUUACCUAUCACUGAUGGCGAUCGACUGUUUAAUCUUGUUAUUCAUCUUAAAUCAAUUAGUAGAAAAAAUUCAAAUGAACAAAAUGUUGGUAUGUCUAAUUUUCGUGUUAAACAUCGCUUACAUCAUCAUUCAAAAACGAAUACUUUUGGGCAUUGGAGAGGAGCAAUGAAAAAAGCUUUUGAACUUAAAGAUCCAUGGGAGGAUUUUAAAGUUGAUAAUUAUCCAGAAGAAAUCGUUAUAUGUCAUGAGUUUGAUCCAAUUAAACGUAUAUGGCAUACAAAUCAAAUUACAGUUAGAAUUGAAUCAAAACCAUUUGCACAUGGAAGUAUGAGGGAAUGUUUUCGAUUAAAAAAACUCUCAAUUUUUUCAACUAAUCAAGAUUGGGAUCGUUCAAGUAAUUAUAUUGCUAAACGAUAUAUUGAUGAUGUACCAAUGGCACGAUAUUUUGAUGAUGUUAUGAUGCAAAUGACAACAAAAUUAUGGGCAGCACAUUAUAAUCAACAUAAUCCACCGAAAAAAGUUGAUAUUAUUCAAAUGAGUGUAUUAGAAUUUAAAGAUCGUGCUGGUCGGCCUUAUUAUCACUUAGAACGAUUUAUUGACGGUGAUUAUAUAAAAUAUAAUUCAAAUAGUGGUUUUGUUUGUGAUGAUAAUACUCUACGUCAUACGCCACAGGCAUUUAGUCAUUUUACUUUCGAAGCAUCUUGUCAUGAACAGAUUGUUGUUGAUAUUCAAGGUGUUGGUGAUUUAUAUACUGAUCCACAAAUUCAUACAAGUCUUGGUUUUGAAUAUGGCGAAGGUAAUCUUGGUAUUCGUGGUAUGGCAUUAUUUUUUUUUACACAUGAAUGUAAUCCAAUAUGUAAACGUCUUAAUUUAACAUCAUUUGAUUUAUCGCCUGGUGAACGUGAACGUCAUAUACAACAACAUGCAUUAAGUUCAUCACAUGCAUCAAAUCAUCCAGCUCAAACAACAUGUCGCGAUUCAGUAGAACCAUUAAAUAGUUUUUCAAAAUUUUCUUCAUUAUUUCGACGACUUCGUUCAGCACCGUUAAUAUCAGAAGAUGAUUCAGAUGGUUAUGUUUCUGAAACAUCAUCAAUUACAGGUGCUAAUGCUCGCAUACUUAAUCAUAGUUUAUCAUUACCACAAGCUGAACCAUUUACGACAAUACCUAGUGAUGAAAAUUUGCCGUUAUCAUCAUCACUUAAAAAUACUAAAUUACCAUUAUUAUCAACAGCUAGUCUGAAUAGUCCAUCACCUGAUUCUUCACGUUCACAAUCUGAUUUCAACUUAACCAUCGAAGAUCUUUAUAACGCUCAAACUCCAAAUAGUUAUGGAGACAGUCAUCGUCCUUCAUCAGUUAUGCUUGAAAAAACUGAAAUGCGAAAAUUUGAAGAAAUAUCUGCUCCUCAUGAAAAAUAUGAAAGUAUUCUUGGACAGAUUCAUCUUGAAAUGUGUAAAUGUUAUCAAGUUGGCAGAUUUAGUGAAUUAGGUUCCGAAGAAUUUGAUGAAGAAUCAGCAUUUUUUCAUUUAGAACAAGCAGCUGAAUUAUGUGUUAAAGAAGCUAUAUUUAUAUUAGCAAAAAUUUAUUUAGAUUUACCUCGUGAUCUUUUAUCACAUUAUCGUCCAACGGAUCAAGUUAAUCAAAUCAGUAAAGGUUUAAAUUUGAUGAUCCGUGCUAGUGAGCUACAUGAAACAGAAGCAAAUCUUUAUUUAGCACAACUCUUUGAUAAUGGUGUUGAAGGAUCUUUAGAACCAGAUUGGAAACAAGCAACUGAAUAUUAUGAAAAAUAUAUUCGUAUACGUGAAAAUGAAUCGAAUAUUAUUGAUGAAGAUAGUGAAACUAAUGAACCAAGUCAAACUAAUUCAACUCAAAAUGGAAUUCCAUUUCAUGAUCAUCAUGAUACUGUUGCUCGUUUAGCUACUUUAUAUAAAACAGGUGGACAUAAUUUAUUAUGCAAUUAUCAAAAAGCUGGUGAUUUAUUUAAUAAGGCAGCAGAAAUGGCAACUGCAGCAAUGAAAGGACGCCUUGCUAAUAAAUAUUAUAUGGCAGCUGAAGAAGCUUAUGCAUUAGAACCAGAUGAAGAGGGUGAAGACAGUUAA